ACGAACGAAAAUAACGCGAACAAAAGAAACAAAACGGAAUUGUAAUAAUUGACGAUCACAACGAGAGCCGAGAACGAGCAGCACAAAGCGACAAACCAAAAAUAGACGACACCAACGCAGCCACAGCAACAUUGACAACAACAGGCACUACAAUCUAUUGUGAUCACUUUGCGUGCGCCUGUGUGCGAGAGUGCGUUCCGUGUAUCUGUGUGCAGUGUAUCUGUAUCUGGAAAACCGCAGUCCAUAAACCAUCUAGUAUUCCUGCAUAUUCGGAAUAUUGGGGCGUGGAGUGCCGCUUUGAAAUAUUAAUUAUAUUUAUUUGUUAACUGCUUAUGGCUCGACUUGGCGCGCAUGCCAAGCAUUAUUAAACGAGACACGAAAGAGCGUAUCUACGAAGUAGAUAAAUAUCUUUAUACGAACCACCAAGCUGCAGCACCACCAACAAUCGAAUCGACGACAAGCAAACGCACAAACAAAAAACCCAUCUAUAUACUUUAUAGAGAGAGAGAUAAACAAAAGCUCAAGCAGCAACAACAACGAAACAAUUUGGAAGAAACAUUUUUGCACUAAAAGACCCAGCAAUCUGAAUCUGCAAAACAGGGAGCACAUCCCUCAAAUCGUAUUAAGAAGAGAACUCAACUCGACAAAGGGAGUAAGGAGAAGGAGAGAAAGGAAACCAACUAUUGUGAUAUUUGUGAACCGAUUAACCGGAGGAUAGUCUACCAAAGAUUAGGCUUUCAUCUUCAAUUAAGUUUAUCGAAAUAGAGCAGAGUUAGGACUCGAAAAUCAAGAGAUGGCCGAGAAAGUCGAGCAAGUCCAGGCCACUUUGAAUGGCCAACAGAACGAUCCCCGCAAGGUGCGCAAGUCACCUGAAUUUCAGCCACUGAUUCCCGGCGUUAUCUCCCGGGAACGCAGCUUUGUGCGCACCUCGAAUCAACAGAAUAUCAACAAACGCCGAAGUCUGGCUUUCAACGUACCUGGCAAUCAGACCGGACAGAUGAGGGGCAAGCCCGCCAUGGAUAUAUACAGACCACCCAAUGUGCGCGGAGAGCUGGCUGGUCCGGCUAAUGGUGGCGGUGGUGAUGGUGCAAGUGGUGCAAAUGGUGCAAACGGUGGUGUCGCCAACAAGCUGAACGUCAAUGCCCAGGAGUUUACAAUGACAAGCAGCUCCGGGGCACCGGCCGAGGCACUCAGCAAUCGUUCAUCGCUGAUCUUCCCGCCGACCAAUGGACCCGGUGGUAUCGCUCCGGUUUUGGGUCAGUACGGGAACGUUAAUCGCCGCCAGGCGGGUCUCUCGCUGGGCAGUAUGCCCGGAAUGAAGGCCAACCACCAUCGCUCCAUCCUGGUAACCCAUCCCAUCGGUGGCAGUCCCCUCGGCGGUCAGCUGCCGCUCAUGAACUCGCCUUCCAGUGGCAACAUACUGCAUACAACGAACCGUGUCAAGUUUGCCCCCGAGCCCAGAGGUCACAAGGUACCCACCCACAAUCAGUUUGGUCAGCUCAACAAUAACUAUGGACAGCCCUACCAGGCAAAUCUUAAUGGAAUCGAUCCAUACAUGAAUGGGAAUUCGCUGCAACGCUCCAAAUCUUUGUCGUCGGCGGAUGCCUUAACAAGGGGAAUGGCUGGAUUGGGAUUGGGUUUGGGUAACGAGGUGGCCGACAUUGGUCAAUUUACCGCGGAGAUUCAGGUGCUGAUUGACACGGCUCUGGAGGAUCCGAACAAACUGAACUCGCGUUGCCUCAUGGAACUGACAUCGCAGUUUAUUAAGCGAGCGGUGGAGAGUCGUCGAUUUGCACUGCCAAUUUCGCGGCUGUGUCUGAACAUCAUCGCCCGGGAACAGAAGGAGACUUUCUUGGAAGCUCUUCUCAAUACAUGCCGUCAGUGGUAUCAGGAGCGUGAAAAGUUGUUAUUUGCCAUCCAGGGCAUGAAGUCGCCUUCACGUGUUCGUUUCACCGCCUUUAUGGCCUUCCUCACCGAGAUGUUUUGUCAGCUGAAGCGCCGGCAACUCCAAUUGCGCACCCACCACGAGGGCACUCCUCCACCCUUGGUUUUGCUCAGCUUGCUGUCAAAGUGUUGUGAGGAUUGUGUGCGUCCACCCAUAAGAUCUCUCUCGGAGAUUGAGUGCCUGUUCUAUGUGCUCACCUGCAUUGGUCAGGAUAUGGAGCAGCAGCUGCCACAACAACUGGAGCUACUCAUGGGUCUCGUUCGGGAUGCCUUUUUGAAUGCCGGAGAAUCAGCUGCUUCCAUCCGACGCACACUGCUUCAGCUAAUCGAACUGAAGGCCUCCCACUGGCAGCUGCCCGGCAACACGGUUCUCUACUACACCCACACUAACAAUUAGGUCUUCGAACUGGGGAAAUAUGAUAACCUAAACUAGAUCUAAACCUGGAACCAAGGCGAGGACUCGGGCACUGUGCAAUCAUCAGCUAUAGAUUCUGUUGUCACAUUGCAUUUAGGGCCUGGAAAACUUCUGUUCUAUUUAUCUUAUUGUACUCUUACCUAGGCAUAAGCAAUAUUUAUUUCGGCACCAGCAAUAGAGAGAAACUAACCCGAGACUUGCACACCACACACCAAGCCCAGUACCAAAUGAGAUCGACCGAUUGGAUUCGGUAUCUUCGGACUCUGCUAUAGUCUAAGGCUCAACUUUUAUGUGAACCCAUAUAUUUAUGUGUAAUAAAUCACAGCUAGUCAAAAAAUGGA